GAUUCAGCAACUCGAUAGCUCGACCUGCCGCAGACUCACGUCUCUUCUGCAGUUUGAAGCCCGCUUUUACUUAGUUGACUAAAUUAAUAAACGGAGUAAGUUCAUCGCCGUCAAAAUAAUUGUCAUAAUGCCAGACGUUCUACUCUCAGAUACGAUAGCGAUGGAGUUAGGAGCUCAAGAGCCUUGGCCGCAGCCGAUAAAAUUGUAUCAGCCAUAUGAGGUCGAGCAAAUCCUGCUCCCUGACAAUGCAAACUGCCUGGCGGUCCAAGCGUACUUAAAAAUGUGCGGUCUGGAGUUCCAAAUUGAACCGAGAAGCAAUGCGGAGUACAUGUCUCCCUCAGGAAGAGUCCCUUUUAUUCAAUGUGGGGCUUUCCUUGUAUCGGAGUUCGACCCGAUCGUGUCUUUCAUCAGCAGCAAGGGUUCUAGUCUUUCUGGAGAGCUUGGGGCAACUGAUAAGGCUGACAUGCGAGCCUAUAUAUCGCUUGUUAAUAAUGUGCUAGUUAAUGCUGAACAGUAUGUUUGCUGGGUAGAUCAGGCAACCUUGAUUUCAGUCACCAAGCCCAGGCACGGCAGUGUCUAUCCUUGGCCUCUCAAUCAUCUUCUUAACUGGCAAAAGCAAAAUCAGAUUACAAAGAAACUGAAUGUCUUGGGCUGGUACAAUAAAAGUCUUGACGAGGUAUUCGGUGAGGUCAAAAACUGCUGCACAGCACUUGCCGAAAGGCUUGAAGGAAAAACUUACUUCUUUGGUGAUGAAUCUCGAAAUUAUAGCAGUCCAAAUGAACUGGAUGCUCUGGCCUUUGGACACAUCUUCACCAUCCUUACGACACCACUGCCUAACAAUUCAUUGGCUAACAUCGUCAAGAGCUAUCCGACCUUGGUCAACUUGUGUAAGCGAAUCGAGGCCAGGUACUUCCAACGCACAGAGGACGACUAAAUUCAGUCAAUCAAGCCUCAUGAGAUGGGUGGCCUGUUGUAAUCCUCAAGACUAAAAUCUCCCCUACUCUUGAAAAUUGAGAGAUGGAAGAUAAGUUGAAUGAAAAUGAAACAAAAAGUCAGGAUUUCUCUGCUGAAACAGAACAAAAAUCAAUCCCUGGUUGUAAGAAAUCCGUUUUACCGGUUUUCAUUCGCAUUUCAGAAUUAAUUUUUUCAAAAUUAAUAAAGUUGCAGUUAGAUUAAAACGGGCCACACUGUAAAUUAGUGAAUUUGGUUAUAGUGUACUAUAACCACACUGGCAAACGCUGCGAAGAAAUAUUGUUCAAAUAUAGUGGAAAGAUUCGUGAAAAUGUCUGAGAAGCAAUUUAACAUAAAGUUAAUCCUCUCUGCAUUUAUGCAAUUCAAGGUACAUUUUACCGAUCGAAAUUUGUUCAUUUUGCACGGUUGGUUAAAUUUCUCAUUUUCUCCGACCAUAGAAUGAACGUUGAUCGGUCAAAUGCACCCUGAAUUGCAUAAAUGCAGGCGGAUUCAUCCUGGGUUAAAUUUCCCAUGAAACAUUUUUAUGAAUUCUCCCAGUAUGAUAGAUUUGUAUAUAGUAGGUACAAUAGUACAGGGCUACUCCAAGACUAUUUUCUUUCUAGUUGGGAUAACCUUGAAAUAAGUAAUCGACGCUGUGCAUUUGUAAUUAUUGAUUAGUCAUCAUCCUGAUAUAAGUAGUGCUGUUUGAUUAUUAUAAUUACCAUAUAGUUUGUACAAAUCGUUAUUACGAGACUACGUCUGUUACCUUUAUUUAUUUUUUUAGAGUGAGAAUCUUUUUUUUAAUUAUUUUCCGUUUUGCUUAUCGAUUUGUUUGUCAACUGUUACUGUUUCCUGACAUCUUGAAUGGAAACCCGCCGUACGAUAUACAUGAAUUAUAUAUAAUUAAAAAAAAAAUCGGUGCCUGAGAUUGCAGAAAUGGUAUCAACGUCAACUUGAUAACAAUGUAUAGAUAUGCCAAUAAACAGCCAAAUAUCAAACGAA